AUGGUGUUAAGAAUGCCCUUCACCAGAACGAAUUCUCCAACCAUUGCUAACAGGUUUAGCAAACGAGAUACAAAAAAAGCAUCUUUAAUCAAUGCCAACGGUAAAGAAUAUCUGGUUGAAGUGGGUGUGGGAACUCCACCCCAAUAUUUCAAUUUGACAUUGGACACUGGAAGUUCUGAUUUUUGGGUCCCGUCCACAGCUUGUCCAGUUACCAUGUGUCCCCAUACCCGUUUUGAGAACCACACAUCCUCCACAUUUAAACAAUUACCUGAACCAUUGAUCGUCGACUACGGCAUGGGAUCAGCCAGAGGUGUUUAUGCCACUGAUGCUGUCACUAUUGGGCCCGCCACAAUGAACGACCAAACUAUCGGUUUAGUUUCAACUACUGUCAACAUUUUAAGCGAAACUGAUGAGCACAGCAGCAAUGGAAUUAUCGGCCUUGGUUUCCCCGACCUCAGUACGAAACAAGGAACAAAACCUGGUCAUUUUGUUACCGGCCUUUAUCAAUCCAACAUUAUCCCUGAACCGGUCUUUUCUGUAUUUUUAAAUUCCCAAUUCGCAUACGGAAAAAGCGGUGAGGUUAUUUUGGGUGGUACUGAUACAACCAAAUAUAAUGAAAAAGAGAUGCAAUACCUUCCCGUUAUUACAUAUGAUAUAUCAGCUUACGAUAUUACGCCUAAUCUUGGAGCCAACUCUACCAAAAACGGUUCAUAUUAUUAUUGGUCUGUACCAGGUCAAGGCGUUUCUACAUCUACUGGUUACAAAUCACCAAGUAAUGUUUUGCUCGAUUUUAUUUUAGACACAGGCACUACUUUGACAUAUGUUCCUACAGCUAUUGCCAAAAGCAUCGUUAUGUCUGUCACCUCUACUACAAGAGCGCCAGUUUUAGACACAAUCAAUGGCGCAUAUCGUGUUAACUGUGAGCUAGCCAAAAAGUCUAAAGCCACCGUACAAUUUAUGAUGUCAUCUUCUGCUUCCACAGUCUCUACCACUCCCAUCACAAUUACCGUUCCCUUAUCCGAAUUAAUCAUUCCAGCCGACGAUGCUUUGACACCAGAAGCUUCGCUAUCUUGUAUAUUUGGUAUUGCUCCUCUUCCUGAAAGCUAUCAAUUAACAACCGGGGAAACCUGGAUUCUUGGUGAAGCUACUUUGAGAUCCAUUUAUUCUGUCUACGAUCUUAAAGAAAAUAGAAUCGGUUUGGCUAAGCUAUCCGCCACUUCCGGUGUAACAAACGCUAAUACUACAGAGACAACAAAAGGCACUUCAUCUAAUCCUGGUGCCGAACAAGACAAUAAUACUGUUACAUCACCCGAUGAAAAUAAUACAUCUUCUUCAUAUUGCAUUUCCCCAUCUAAUUGGGCAAUAGUUAUGUUAUAUAUUGUUACCUUAUAUUCCUUCUAA